GAGUAUAUUAUACCUUCUGUGUGUGUACCAACAUGAUAUUGAAGAUCUUACUAGGAAUAUAUUUUUAUGCCAUGAGAUUUUCAAAAAGGAAUAACAAAGUCCUUAUCUUGUAGAUGAGAAAUUAUAUGUGCUUAUGAUGAAGUCAGUGAGAGGAUUUGCUAUAAAGAAGUAUCAGAUUCAGUGGGGAUUCAGAGAGAGGUCAUAACUAUUUGGGGAAAUCAAGAAAAUGCUUAUAGGGCAUUCAUGAUCCAGACAGAGCUUGAAAGAUAAGUAAUAAUAAGCACAAAAGGGUAACACAGUGGAAGACUCUAGUAUAGGGCUUGGCAAAACUGUAGCCCUUAGGCUGACCACCUGUUUUUGUAAAUAAAGUUUCAUUGGAACAUAGUCAUGCCCAUUGGUUUAGGUAUUGUCUGUGACUGCUUACAUGCUGUAGUGGCAGAGUUGAGCAGUUGAGACAGAACACAUAGUCUGUAAAGCCCAAGAUAUUUACUAUUCAGUCCUUUAUAAAAAGAAAGUUUGCUGUUCCCUACAAGUAGAUAGGCUGUGGGUGGGAAAGUAUGAUUGCUAACUAUUAAAGAAAUGAAAAAAAAUGUUAUAUUUAUUAUAGCUGGAGGGGGAAGUCAGUAAUAGAGGGCUGGGUGGUUAAAGAGGGGGGUUUAUCCUUGAAGGAAUUUAAUAGGGAGACCAUUACUAAUAGAGAGGAAGUGCAGGGCGUCUCUAGUCUGGGACAGUAGUUCAUUUAGGCAUGGAUGUGGCUUGUCCUUAAUCAUACUUUUCUAAUCUUUCUCUCACUAGCCAAGAAGGAUCAGGAAGGUGGAGAAGAAAAGAAAGCUGUGCAAAAGAAAAAAGUGAAAGAGUUAAAGGUGUUGGAUUCAAAGACAGCCCAGAAUCUCUCAAUCUUUUUGGGUUCCUUCCGCAUGCCCUAUCAAGAGAUUAAGAAUGUCAUCCUGGAGGUGAAUGAGGCUGUUCUGACUGAGUCUAUGAUCCAGAAUCUCAUUAAGCAGAUGCCAGAGCCCGAGCAGUUAAAGAUGCUCUCUGAACUGAAGGACGAGUAUGAUGACCUGGCUGAGUCAGAGCAGUUUGGCGUGGUGAUGGGCACUGUGCCCCGCCUGCGGCCUCGCCUCAAUGCCAUCCUCUUCAAGCUGCAGUUCAGUGAACAGGUGGAGAAUAUCAAGCCAGAGAUUGUUUCUGUGACUGCCGCGUGUGAGGAGUUGCGAAAGAGUGAGAACUUCUCUAGCCUCCUGCAGAUUACCUUGCUUGUCGGAAACUAUAUGAAUGCUGGCUCCAGGAAUGCUGGUGCUUUUGGUUUCAGUAUCAGCUUCCUCUGUAAGCUUCGCGAUACCAAGUCCACUGAUCAGAAGAUGACACUGUUGCACUUCUUGGCUGAGUUGUGUGAGAAUGACUAUCCCGAGGUCCUCAAGUUUCCAGAUGAGCUUGCCCAUGUGGAGAAAGCCAGCCGAGUUUCUGCUGAAAACUUGCAGAAGAACCUAGAUCAGAUGAAGAAACAAAUUUCUGAUAUGGAACGUGAUAUUCAAAAUUUCCCAGCUGCCACAGAUGAGAAAGACAAGUUUGUUGAAAAAAUGACCAGCUUUGUGAAGGAGGCCCAGGAACAGUAUAACAAGCUGCGGAUGAUGCACUCUAACAUGGAGACACUCUAUAAGGAGCUGGGCGAAUACUUCCUCUUUGACCCCAAGAAGAUGUCUGUGGAGGAAUUCUUCAUGGAUCUGCACAACUUUAAGAAUAUGUUUGUGCAAGCAGUCAAGGAGAACCAGAAGCGGCGGGAGACAGAGGAGAAGUUGCGGCGCGCAAAACUGGCCAAGGAGAAGGCAGAGAAGGAACGGCUGGAGAAGCAGCAGAAGCGAGAGCAGCUCAUAGACAUGAAUGCUGAGGGCGAUGAGACAGGUGUGAUGGACAGUCUUCUGGAAGCCCUGCAGUCAGGCGCAGCAUUCCGGCGGAAGAGAGGACCCCGUCAGGGCAACAGAAAGGUCGGGUGUGCGGCAGCCACAAGUCAGCUCGCUUCCAUGCUGACCAAGGACAGUGCCAUGAGCUACAUUCCUGCCAAGAUGCCCAAGAAGACCGAGGAAGUCCCCACCAUCCUUGAGGAGACUAAGGAGUUGCUGGGCCGUGCAAGCUAAGCCGGGUCCUGGGGCCAUGGCCGCGCCUCAGUGGAGCCCCAUACUGUCAGGCCCUGCAGCAUGUGCCUGAAGGGUCACGGAGAUAUUCCUCUGCGGUGGCCACUCCCAUCACCCUGACCCCAUCUUUCUCUCCAGCCUGCUGCUCUCUGUACUUCACACACAGCUUCAGCUGCCUGGAGGCCAGAAGGAAAGGGCAGGGUGGGGAGGCCUGAGCCCAACCCAGCCAGCCCUGGCUCUCAUACUACCAAAGCAGGCUCCGUGUUUGCUGCCUUAACCCAAGUGUCUCCUCUGUUCUCCGUGGCCUCACCUCGGACAAGGCCCCACCUGCUUUCUCAGCCCCUGCCUUUCCAGUGGGCGUCUACCUAGGUCAGUCUUGCUGGGUUCGUGCUUUUCUUUUGUGUUUUCUCUGGCCCUGAGACCAGCAUGGGCUUACGAACCUUUGGGCUCUGUCCCUCCUUUCACUGCUGUCACCCCCUUGCUCUGCUCUUCCCGCCCUAGCUCUUGUUUAUUACUAGUGGUGUGGCAUUGGGAACUGCUUCCAAGAAAGUGGGGAGCAAAUCCCCCUCUUACCCCACCUUUUCGGAAAGACCUCCCAAAACAAAAAGGACCUGGACCACUUUCAUCUGUCCUACUGUGGCCUAAGCCAGAGCCUGUGGGCGGGCAGGCCCAGCACAGGUGGGCCCUCCCCCUAGCCUGCUGCCGUGCUGUGUGCCCUUGCCUCUCUGGAUCCUCCGCUCCAGCCCCAGGCUGCGGAGCCACAGGCCUUCCUUACGCCCUCCCUAGAGCUUUGGUGCAUCUCAUCUGAACUAUGGGCUGUAUUGUGGUCAUCCCAACACCUUACCCUCUGUCUCCAAGGAAAUGGGAGGCAGAGCCUCCUGGCUGAGAAAUUGUUUUGCAAAUGGAUCUAUUUUUAUAUGAAUUUUGUUUUGUUUUGUUUUUAAGGAAAAUAACUCUUCCUUCCCCCUGCAUAAUAUAAGAGGCUUUGAUGGCAGGUUCCAGAGUCCCUGGGAUUUCUCCCCACAAGCCUCAAUUCAGAACACGCCCCUGGACCUCCAUCUCAGCCCUCAAGCCUCUGGGCCCUUGAGGCCAGUGCAGACUCACUCCCCCAGCAUCUGCCUCUGGGGCAAGAGGAAGCUCUUCUGUUGUUGAGCUGGCCCAGGCCUGAGAGUAGUGGGGGCUCUGAAACGACAGAGUUUUUAUAAAUGUAAUAUAUUUAUCAAGCCAAAUGUGCACAUGCUAACUGGACGCUCUGGAGAAGUGGGCACAGGGCGUGCUACCCUGCUCUCUUCUCAACAGUGGGCAGGCCAAACUCUUUGGUGGCCCCAGCCACAGGAAGCUGAGAUUCUCUGGCUCAAGGGGACACUUCGCCUACCUGCGCUCCUUUCAGCUUCCCACCCUCAGGUAGGGAAAGAGUGGCACUCGAAGGGCCUGGCCCAGAAGUACAGUUAUUAGAAUAAGGAGGAGCUUAGGAGAUCUUAGGGUGCCUGCAGGGAGGCCUUGAGGCUGGGAAGGAGGGUUCUGGUUGCUAGAGUGUGUGUGUGUGUGUGAAGGGGCAACAGCAGCUCCUUUGAGCUAUUUCUGGGAGGACUGUGGUGCGGGGCCUGCUGCUCCUAGGUCCCCUCCUCCCUGCUGACAUCUGGGGCUUUGACCCUUUCUUUUUUAGUCUACUUUUGCUAAGAUGCAUUUAAUAAUAAUAAAAGGGAAAAAAUGCAAACCUGUUUCUCUUGCCUCUUGGGCUUCUGGGAUGUCAUCACCUCCAGUUUGUUGGGUUUGUUUCCAACGGUUAAUAAAGCCUUGAAACAGUA